AUGGCAGACAUUGAGGUGGCCGUCAACGUACGGGCCGAGCGGGGCCCGACUAAGAAGCGGAGACGGAUCGUCAUUUCGUGCACGGAGUGCCAUCGAAGGAAGCAAAAGUGCGACCGCGAGCUCCCCUGCGGCAACUGCCGGUCGAGAAACAAGGAAGCCCACUGCGCCUACGAGGCCGGCGCGCCCACCGCCCGCGAGCACGAGACGCACGCCGGCCUCUACUCGUCCCGCGACGACCACCACGGCAGCAGCAACGGCAGCGGCACCCCGACGUCCAGGGCCGAGCCGCUGUCGUCCAUGGCGCCGUCGUGGGGGUACGGCCAGACGGGCGCCUCGACGCUGAGCUUCCUGCAGAAGAUUGAGCGGGCGAGCACCUCGGACGGCGACGACGGGCUGAUGGGCGGCGGCGCGGGAGACGACGAGGGAGCGGCGGCGGCGGGGAGGGCGUCGUACCAGGAGACGUUUGCCCUCAAGGAAAAGUACAAGGGCCUGAUACGGCUGCUGCCGGCGCGCAUGUACAUUGACCAGCUGGCCGACAUCUUCUUCAAGGAGUUCAACUGGCAGUACUACCUGGUCGAGCCGCAGGCCUUCCGCGAGCUGCUCGAGCAGUGGACCAACCUGCCGUUCAAGGUGCUGUCCGCGCGGGGGCCCGAGGCGCUGUCGCCCGACCUGCGCGUGUUCCCCGCGCUGCUGUUCGAGGUGAUUGCCACGGCCAUGCUGGUGCUGCCCAAGGCGCUGCACGAGUCGUUCGAGUCGCUCAAGUACGCGGGCAACAUGACGUUUGAGGACCUGGCGGGCGACUACAGCGAGACGGGGAUUGCCAUUAUCAACCUCUUUGGGCCCAAGGCGCUCAGCACGACGUCGAUCCAGGUUGGGUUUCUGAGGGCGGGGUUCUUAAAGUAUACUGCCAAUGUGACUGAAUCGUGGCAUCAGGUUGGCAAGACGAUACGGGAUGCGCAGGAGCUGGGCAUGCAUCGGGAUGCGCUCGAUCCAAAGCCGACGUCGAACGAUGUGGAGAGCGUCUUGUUGAAUCAGUGGCAGGUGGAGAAGAGGAGGCAUUUGUACAUGAUGCUGGCUUCAUGGGACAUUCACAUGUGUCUCAUCUUGGGCCGCCCAGGCGCUCUCGAUUGGAGGCACGGCAUGCCAACGCUUCCCAUCGACGCGCGGUUCACAAUGAACUCGGACCGGUCCAAGACGCCCGUCAUCCCCAGAGAAGAAGGCCGCGAUCCCCCAACGCCGCUGACGAGAAAUCUGUUCUUGUACAAGACCAUGAUUCCGCUGCGGGACAUUCAGGACCUCGAGUCAGAAGGGCCGUGUCCCAGAGACUUUUCAAAGGUGCACAAGGUACAGCAGAAGAUCAUGGAAAACCACGACAACACGCCGGCCGUCUUUCGGAUAGAGAACCCUGACAGGCAGUGGGACAAUGAGCCCGAUUUGCAUUGGCUCCCGCAGGCGAGGUGCCUAUGUGAGCAGAUGUUCCAUUUUACGCUGGUGGCGCUUCAUCGGCCUUAUAUAUUCCAUCGGGAGGAAAGUCGCGUGGAGGUGAUCAAGGGCAGCCUCGGGAUGCUGGAGAUGCAGAGGCAGCUGUUUGUAGGGCUGCCACCAAAAUCGUGGAAAAAUUGGCAUCUGUUCUACGGAAGCUUUGAUGCCGUUACGCUGCUUGCCACCAUUUACAUCUUAUUUCCGUACGAGAACGCCGAGUAUCGAGAAUUGGUAAUGCAGCACUGCCACUGGACCGUCGAGCGGUUUGCCACGAUGAAGGACACGAAUCUCUUGGCCAAAUCGGCCCUCGGGGUCCUCCGAGCCGUCGUCGCCAGGCUCGUCAAAGCCAUUGGAAAGUGCGCGCCGCCGCCGCCGUCUUCUACGGGCACUUCUGUCGAUUUUCUGCGCAACUCCUCCGACACACCGCUGUCGACGACCGGGAGGACGCUGGGAUCGACUCCUGCGAGCUCAGUCGGCCAGGGAUCGAUUGGCGGUAGGGGCUCAGUGGAGGGCAGCAGCCACAACAAGGCUGCACCGGAGCCCUUAUUGCCAGUACCGGCAACGGCAGCAGCUGCUCAAGACGAAUCGUCCUCCGCCUUCCCAGGCAUGAUGCCCGGCGGAUGGGAGAUGCCACAGGACGGGAGCGGCUUCCCCGGGCUGGCGCCCUUCUUCGCGAUGAGCGACCUGAUAUACAAGGAUCUGACGGUGGACCAGGAGGACGACGUGUUGGUGCCGCCCACGGAUUUCGAUCCGCUGAGCGGCGAUUCGUUCAUGUGGCAGUUUGAGGGGGGCUUUGGACAGGAUACGGUGUGGCAGUUUCUUAACCAGCAUCAGCCAGCCGGUGACGGGACCGGGUGA